AUGGAAUCACAACAGGAGCAAAAGGAAGCACGUUUCAAAGACCCUUCUGAGGAUCCUCCCAAUCACCAAACGCGAAAGAUACUUUUACAGCAUGGAGAAACUGUGAAUAAAACGGAGGAUCCAACGCCUCAACCAGAUUCUACAGAGCAUCAAACUACCCACGGUUCAUCAGUAUCCCAACUUGAAGCCGAAACUACCCACAAUUCAUCAGCAUCCCAGAAUGGAGCCGAAACUACGAACAAUCCAUUAGCAUCCCAAAAUGGAGCAGAAACUACGAACAAUGCAUUAGCAUCCCAGAAUGGAGCCGAAACUACGAACAAUCCAUUAGCAUCCCAAAAUGAAGCCGAAACUACCAACAAUUCAUCAUCUUCUCAAAACCAAGAUCAACAAACAUCAAAGCAGGAGAAGCCGAAACUACCAAGUAGGAAGAAUAGGAAGAAACAAAAAGCACCGAGUAAAACACCUGAACAAAGGCACACCUACCAUGGUCUGUGCGAUGUUAUAUUCCACUAUUUGUCUAAUAAUGAGUCUGCAAGGCGGUUUCUCCACAGUUAUCUUCCGUCAAACGUCACAGUCGUUAAACAAAAACCAGACGAAGAAGGCGAGAAAUGUUUUGCUGAUUGUAAUCAAAGUUUAAAGUCGACGCUUGACCUGCCCAAAGGAACCAUUGUACAGGAUCUUGAAACAUUGCUAUUUCGUGCUUGGUUUAAUUACCAGGAAGAUUCCGAGAAGUUAGCAUGGAUGGAAGUUAUCCCUGCAGAACGUCGGGCUUACCAGAUAUCCAACAAGCUUUCGUCUGUUAGUAGUGUCGAUAGUGUGGUGUCAGGAGGUGCCAUGAUAUCGCCAACUGUAUUCAUUAAGCACUGGUCGGUAGCUGGCACAGUGCAAGUCACUUUUGAACAUGAUAAUGAACUUUUAUCUGUUACCCGGAAACGCGGUUUUGGCACCGAAGAAGUCAUGGAAAUAGCUUACAGUAUUUUAAGCGACACUAUGAUAGCACAUCACAACAGAAAUGCCUGGCACAUUUAUGUUGGACUAAAAUAUCCACCGAAAAUUAUCGAAAAAUCUAAAAGACCUAAAUCUGACCAGAUGGAAGAGAAAAGGAUGGUCCAUCUCACUUCUGUCACGCGAGAAAACAUAGGCUUUACCUCUGUUCUAUGUUUAGAUGUGCCUGAUAACAAGAAAGAACAACCGUCGCCAUCGACAUCCACAGACCAAAAUAGCAUGUGGACACUUAUGGCAAGAUUGAAAAGGCAUGGAUUUUCAAUUUCCUAUGCCAAUGUGUCCGUCAAAGACCCCGAGAAUCGUCAAGUUAAUAAAAUAAAAUUCGACACUUUCGAUCUUAACUAUGCGUGGGAAAGUCUCCUCGCUUGUGGCUUUAAAGUGACAGACGCUAUAACAGAACAGUCAUUGGCGUUAUUGGAGCAAAAGAAAUCUGUACUGAUUCCGGAGGUAUUCCAGGAAAUGACAAGCAGUGCUGACAACAGCCAAUUUUUUGAAUUCGAUAGAAUUCUUACUAAAAGCCAAGAGAGAUUUGACCAUUUGAGCGUUCCAGAUGAGAGAAAAGAACUUCCAUCUCACUUUUCUAUGACAAGACGAAUAGUUGUCACUCCAACUCGUAUGAUUCCACUCCGGAAAGAACCGAUUGUUCAAAACAGGAUUAUUCGAAAGUACGAUGACGACUUUUUCGUCCGCGUGAUAUUCCGUGAUGAAGAUUUCACUAGACUGAGCGCAACUCGUUCAGAAGGAUUCAAAAACAUUACAAAUCGUCUUCAAGAAUUUAUGGACCAUGGAUUCCAAAUUGGCGAUAGAAAGUACGAGUUUUUAGCCUGCUCAAACAGUCAGUUACGUGAACAUGGAGUGUGGUUCGUUUGUCCUAACAACGGUGAGACGGCAGAAAGCAUCAGGUUCGCGGCUGGUGAUCUGACUAAAGAGACAUGUGUUGCCACGUAUGUGUCUCGCAUGGGAUUAUGUUUCUCAGCAUCCCGAGCUACUGUGGAGGUUGAUGUAGAUCGCGGUUCAGUUAAGUUCAUUGAUGACGUGAAAUUGGGAUCCUACUGCUUCACAGAUGGCAUAGGGAAGAUUUCAGUACCCUUAGCGAAAAAGGUUGCUGGUUCCUUGAAGAUGGAUCCGGUGCCUUCGGCAUUUCAGAUCCGCUACGGUGGUUGCAAAGGUGUAAUCGCCAUGGAUCCCACUCUUGGAAAGACAGAGCAAAUCCAUAUCCGUGGCAGCAUGCGCAAAUUCGAAUCUCCCUCUAAAAACCUAGAAAUAUUGCAGACAACUCAUCCUGGUCAGUUGCACUUAAACAGACAAGUGAUCACUUUGAUGUCAGGACUGGGAGUCCCAGACAACGUUUUCAUGUCGCUUCAAGAGAAGAUGCUUUUUAACAUUGCUGACAUGCUGCUCGAAAAUAAGAGGGCCUUACGUGCGCUAUCCGAGGUCAACAUUGGAAUGAAGUACAUGGACCUAAUGAGGGCUGGGAUUUCUUUUAUUGACGAGGCGUUCUUUAGGUCAAUAUUAAUGACAAUAUACAAACGCAAACUCGCCGAGUUGAUUCGAAAGACGAGAAUCGAGAUAGAUUAUGAUCAAGGAAGGAGCAUGAUGGGCACUACUGACGAAACGGGGACAUUGGAGUACGGACAAAUCUUUGUCUCUUACACACAGCACGACGGGAUGAAUUUCAGAGGUAUAACAAUUCUUGACACCGAAGUUGUCGUUGCUAAAAACCCCUGUUUCCAUCCAGGAGAUCUGCGGAAGUUUAAGGCAGUGGAUGUGCCUGGAUUGCAUCACCACGUUGAUUGCAUCGUGUUUCCUCAAAAAGGACAUCGACCACAUCCAGACGAGAUGUCUGGUUCAGACUUAGAUGGAGAUAUGUACUUUGUGUGCUGGGAUAAGCAGAUGCAUCCCUUAGGGGAAAACAAAACAGCUAUGGACUUCCAAAUUCCGAACAAAUCAAAAUUACCCCGACCAGUCCAAGUAUCAGAUGUCACACAUUUUAUAUCAGAGUACAUUAGAAAUGAUCAGCUUGGCGUUAUUGCUAAUGCACACGUUGUCCAUGCAGAUAUUAAAGAUAUCUUCUGUGAGGAAUGCAUCAAUCUGUCGAGGAAACACUCAGAUGCCGUUGACUUUCCAAAAACUGGGGUUGUACCAGAGAUGACUCAAGACUUGAGAUGUGAAAAGUACCCGGAUUUCAUGAUGAAAUCGGACAAACCUCGUUAUACAUCCAACAAGGUAUUAGGUAAAUUAUUUCGCCAGUGUAGAUCUUUGGAGCAUGCACACAGUCGUACAUAUGAAAUAGAUCUUCUUCAACACGCAACUGUUAUUGAUCCAGACAUGAUAUAUCCGGGAUAUGAGACAUAUUUAGAAUCCGCACAACUUUCGUAUGACAUGUAUAAUGAGAAAAUCUUACAGCUGAUGUCUCUGUAUGGUGUGGAAACUGAAGCAGAAAUUGUCACAGGUAUUAUACAGAAGCUAAAGAAGAAGCGUGGUUAUCUUCAGAAUGAAAAAUAUGAAUUGGGGAAAGUUAUUCAGGGUAAAAUGAGCGUGAUUAGGCAAAACGUGCGAGCAGACUUCUUUGAGGAGUUCGGCGAAGAAAUGCUAUACCCAUCAAAUUCCGAAGAUAAUAAGAGGAAAAUCCUGGCUAAGGCGUCAGCAUGGUACAUUGUUGCCUAUGAUGUUAAGUUUCAGAAAGUCAGCACAGGUAAGCGCCUUGUCAGUUUUCCCUGGAUUAUAAGCGAGAUCCUGUCUGAGAUGAAAUCGGAUGCAGAGUCUUCAACAAGAGACGAAAUCAAGGACAUAAAGCUUGAUCAAGAACGGCCAGUCCUUGCUCAAAUCGGUUCAUCGAUACUUCGACAUUUCGAUAUGAGACAUGAAGACCGGGAUGAGACGUUUCGUUUUCUUCAUGAAUGUUUCGGCAUGCUUCAUGGCCACCUAUAUCACAAUGUUAACAAAGAGAUAAAGCUGUCAAUUACAGGAAUGCAAUCAUUGUGUCUGAUGGACAUAUACACGAGCGAAAUUGAUGUUUGUCUCGAUUUCCCUCAGCGGUUGUCAAAAGAAGACUUCACUCGUCGCGUAAAGUAUGGUAUGAGAUCCUACCAGAAUGUAUCUCCAGUGUCAUAUGUAAUCCCAACAAAUGAUGAUCCAGUUACAGUAACGUUUUCACAAAACACCAUCGAUAAGAACAGAACGGACUUUAUCCGUCAAGAACUCCAGAAACGUCCAUACUAUACGCUUAUUUUAACUUUUCUCCUUGACUGGGGGAGGAAGUUUGGACUCGUUGGCAGAAACAGACAUGCAUUGUUCAAUGAAAUAGUGUUUGUGAUGCUUGUCCUAAAACUCCUGUCAGAUGCAGACAGCAACCCAACAGCAGCGCCUGUAGACCUGAACAAAAGUUGGUUUCCAGGAAAGAUAUCAUCAAAUGAUCAGGCCAACACAGCUAGUCUUCUACUAACCGUCUUGAGAACGUUUAAUUCUCUACUGAAUGAGGACAAGAAUGGAAUGUUUAAGAUAUCUUUGCCAGACCCGACAGAUACUAACAGUCGACGGCUUCUAUUCCCUGGCAAGAUAGACUGGAGGAAAUACAAACACCUCACGGAAGAAAUUCUCUUCGUUUACCAGGAAAUCGCAAAAAACAGAUCUGUCAGUGCCUUCUUCGACCAAAACAUCAUUGAAGAAGAUCAUCUGAUGAUAAACCUGCCGUUAGAUAUCUGGGGAUCUGUAAUGUUCGCAGAAACAUAUACUGCUAGACGAUUAUCGGCGGACACAGGUGCCGAAAUCAGCAUUCGCAGAAAGACAUAUAGAGACACUCCCGGGCUUAUACUAGAGGCGUGGGGAACUCGAGAGCAGUUAUGGGAUGUCCAGCAUUCCUUACAAAACCUCAAUGACAAAUCAUCAAAGUUUAUCACUACCGCGGCUCGUGACAAAGCUUUUAUUGGUGGCGCCUUCAAGCGUUUAUUCUACGGGUCCACCGGCCCUGAUCAGCAACUCACAUUCGAACGUUAUCAAGGGAGGUGUCAACCAGCGCACAAGGAGAUCCCAUUAUACAUUGCGUCUGUAGACUCGUCCAACCAGGAUAACGGAAAAUCCUUGGAAAUGUUCAAAGAAGUAUUCAGGACACAGAUAGAGCUUAUCCGACAAGAUUUUGAGAGUACAUAUCAUGGGGAACUACGGAUUGCAAUCACAUUUGGAAUAUACUACAUAUUCUAUGUCGACAAUCCCCAAUUCACCAUUUCAGAAUUGGAAAUGGAAAUGAAUGGCAAUACCUACCGAAAGGAAGAGAAAUUAGAACUCAACCCAUCGGGACGUGGCAGAUGGCGAAAUCGCAAAAGGCAUAGCAGGUUUACGAAGCCAAGACCAAGACACAUACGGACCUCCUUUAUGCCAUUGGAAUGUGACAAAAACAAUGUCAGUGCUUUUCUGCUCAACAAGUUUUUCCGAGAGCAGCAUGAAGAAGUGAAAUUUCACGCAACAUUCAAAAUGGGUAAUCAAGAUUAUGGAAAACGACACGAAGGUCAAGUUGUUCUUGACAAAGAUCUCAGAUUCAUUGAACUACGUCUUUCAGACUUGAAGUGGAUGGCAGUAGAUGUCUGUCGUGGCUAUGCCGACAUGUCCAAUACUAGGAAACGUCUUGAUGUACGGUGUAAGCUGCAAUCAAGACGCCUCAUGGAUUUGGAGGGUGUGCGAGAGAUGACUGACACGAAAAUGCUUUUAGACCCUGACAACACCGUUCUGCUUCAGCCCAAACCGAAUAUUCUGUAUGUCUGUCAGGAGUUUAAGGACAGGGUACCAUUCGUAAGAGAGAAGCACGUUAGAACGUAUCAUUAUGACGGACCAGUGACCGAUUACAACAUAUGGAAAGAUAUGAGUAUUGAAAUAGCAAGAGUGCUAGAAUACUCAAUACCAGAUGCUAGUGGCCGGUUCCAAGACAUGGUUGAGAAACAGGAAGUCACAGUAAUUCCCAAACUUCCCUCAUUAGAGACAGAAGACACCGAGUGGGAACAGUAUGCAGAAGAUGUCUGGGAACUAAUUGAACAUCUAGGCGAACAGUUCGAUUCGGACAUUUCGUAG